GGACGGUAUUGACUGCAGCUGGAUAAUAAACGGCGUUAUUUGUCCUCAUACGUGUGAAGUUUGAUAAGCAUCUUACCUUUUGUGUCAAUCGAUUUUGUUUAUCAGGGUAUUGCGCUAGACGGAAGUCAUCCAUUGUACUUGUAUGGUUAUGGAGGAUUUAACAUCUCGAUCACUCCCGCCUUUAGUGUUUCACGAAUUGUGUUUAUGAGACAUCUCGGGGGAAUCAUCGCUGUGCCAAACUUGAGGGGUGGAGGUGAAUAUGGUGAAACAUGGCACCAAGCGGGCUGCUUUGGCAACAAACAGAAUGUGUUUGAUGACUUUCAGUACGCGGCGAUAUACCUUACCCAACAGAAAUACACGUCACCAGAAAAGAUAACAAUCUGCGGUGGAUCUAAUGGCGGCCUUCUGGUGGGUGCUUGUAUCAACCAAAGACCAGAUCUGUUUGGCUGUGCCGUUUCACAAGUACCAGUUAUGGACAUGCUGAAGUUUCACAAAUUCACCAUCGGCCAUGCGUGGACAACAGAUUUUGGAUCUCCCGAUAAGAAGGAGGAUUUUGAAUGGCUAAUUAAAUAUUCUCCUCUGCACAACAUUAAGAUUCCUGAAAACGGCGCUCAAUACCCCUCACUACUACUGUUGACCGCUGACCAUGAUGACCGUGUAGUUCCGCUACAUUCUCUGAAAUACAUUGCACAGUUGCAGCAUUGUGUGGGCAGUUAUGAAAAACAGACAAACCCACUGUUAAUCAGAGUUGACACAGAAGCUGGACACGGAUUCGGAAAGCCUACAGCCAAGAUUAUUGAAGAAUACUCCGACAUCUACGCCUUCAUCGCACGCAAUCUUAACCUCCAGUGGCAUGACUGACAACACGACAACAUGAUCUCGAGAGGAGUAAUGUUCAUUUGAACAAAGAGAGUUUCAACAAACUGUAUCAUGAAAACCAAAUAACUAUCCUAUUUAUUAAUGCUUUUGUUUAUUUUUGUCAUCUUGCAAAGAUUUUGUAUUUUUGUUUUGAUAUAAUCUUGGAGUAAUACUCACAAAUUAAAUAUCUCUUACGACUUUA